AUGUCGUUUUUAGGACUUGGCGGCGGACAACCACAACUCAGCUCGCAACAAAAAGUUUCGGCUGCUGAAGCAGAACUAGACUUGGUUACUGACAUGUUCAACAAGCUAGUCGACAACUGCCAUAAGAAGUGCAUACAAGCCUCCUACAGUGAAGGUGACUUGAACAAGAAUGAGUCUUCCUGCAUCGAUAGAUGCGUUGCUAAAUACUUCGAAACCAAUGUGAAAGUCGGUGAGAACAUGCAAAAACUAGGCAACGCUUUCGGCAGCGCCGGUAAACUUUAG